ACGGCGGAGGGGCCUCGGUGACCAUACCGAGCGUACCCUCUUCUCGGAGCAGAGAGUCGGGAUGCAAGCUCCGGUAACGGGGACGCUUUAAUUCAUCCGCCAGUCGGAGGAGGUGACAUAAGAUACCGUGAGUCGGCGGAGGUCGGGGCCGAGCCGAGCUAAGGGGAGCCGGUGUCGCGGUGCGUGGGAAGCCCGGCUCCGCGGUCCGUUUGUUGUUUAGCUUUAGCCGCCUGAGCUAGUUCCCAGCCUCCGUCCGUUAACGGCGUACCGGAAGGAGACGGUGAACGGCCGCCCGUUCACAGAGACGGAGACCGCCCGGCACGGCCACCGUGAUGGACGGAGGAGCCCCGCUGUAGGAGGAGCGGAGCUGGCGGAGCUGCAGGAUGCGCUAGCGGAUGUAGUUAGCAUCGGGCCCGAAGCCUCCUUCCUUUCUUCCUUCCUUGUCUCCUAGCUGUCUCCUCUCAUGAUCACGAUGGAGCCAACCCCCCACCCGCUGCCUCACUUCCCAGAGAACUCCUAUAAGAUGACCGAGGAAGAUGUGAAGAGGCUGAUCGAGUUCAGGGCGUCCAACGAGGCCCUGUUCACAGGAAAGAGGAACUCUGCAAAGAUAGCCUGGAGUACCAUCCUGAAAGGCCUCGGUCUGGAAGGGAAGCUGACGGCAGACCAAAUCGCCAAAAAAUGGGACAACCUGCGGACAAAAUACAAGGACCUAAAGCAGCCCUACCAGGGCCAGGACCACAUGGGGGCCGUUGUGGAGUCAUGGCCCUGGUUCCACAUCAUGGAUGAAGCCAUGCAGGGUCGCCUCUACAACAGCAACCUGGUGCUGAGUCCGGAGACCGCCAGCAACGGCGCUUCCCGUGGGAACAGCCAGCCCAACCAGAACCAGGAGAACACCGACAUCCUGGAGUUCCUCAUCAAGACAGAAAUGGAGGACACGGUGGCGGCUGAAACUGCAGCAGACCACGGGGCAGUUCACGCUGAAGCUCCACCUCCCGAGGGCAUCCCGAUGGGCUGGAGGAGGAUGACCGAAUGCUCGUAUAAAAUGACCGAACAAGAGACGGAGAGUAUGAUCAAACUUCGAGCGGCCAACGAAGCGCUCUUCACCGGCAGGAAACAUUCGGCCAAGCCAGCCUGGAGAGCGAUCCUCUAUGAGCUGGGCCUUCAGGGGAAGCUGACCACAGACCAGCUGGCCAAGAAGUGGGACAACCUGAAGAGGAGAUACAAGGAGCUGAAGUUUCCCGCUCGAGGCGUGGAGACCAACCCCAGCUCCUGGCCCUGGUUCUACCGAAUGAACGAUGCCAUGGAGGGACGGUUUGCCGGCGCCGCGCCCAUCCUCACUCCCAUUGUGGAGGAUGAAGACGAGGACUGCGAGUCGCUGUCGCCGACGCCCAAGAAGCGAGCCCGCCGAAGCCGAGGCGGGAUGGCCGAGUUCCUGACGGAGUCCGAAAUGGACCUGCUGGUGGAUAACGAGGAGAAGAACGGGUCGGCGGCUCUGGGGGAGCUGCACCGGAUGGCCGAGUUCACCUACAAACUGACCGAAGACGACACGAGGCGACUGAUCGAGUUACGAGCUGCUAACGAGUCUCUGUUCACCGGGAGGAGGAACACCGCCAAACCGGCGUGGAGGGGAAUAGUGAAGGAGAUGGGUCUGACAGGGAAGAUAACACCUGACCAGGUUGCCAAGAAGUGGGACAACCUGAAGACCAAAUUCAAGGACCUGAAGUUUCCUCCUCGGGGGAUGGAGGGUCAGACCAACCCGGCCUCGUGGCCUUGGUUCCAGCUGAUGAGCGACGCUCUGGAGGGACGUCUGGCGGGUAAAGCUCCCCGAGUGACGCCCAUCUGGACCAACGAGGAGGACGGCGUGUUCAGCUCGUCCCCGCCUCCCGACAGAGACUGCCUGAUGGUGGAGAGGAGCAGCGUGUCGGAGCUGGAGAGCAUGGUGGGCGGAGACAAUGCGGAGUCUGACGGGAACGUCACCUACAUCGACGCCAGUGGAGAGGAGUGUUCGACGCCCUCAGACCCAACUUAUAAAAUGACCGACCAGGACACCAGGAGGAUGAUUAAACUUCGAGCUGCUAACGAGGCGUUGUUCACCGGGAGGAGGAACGCUGCCAAAGCCGCCUGGAAAGCCAUCCUGAAGGAGCUCGGGCUGCAGGGAAAGGUCUCCACUUACCAGAUGGCGAAGAAGUGGGACAAUCUGAAGAGGAGAUACAAGGACCUGAAGUAUCCUCCUGUCGGCAUGGAGAGUGUGGCAGACGGCGCCUCCUCCUGGCCGUGGUUUCACCUCAUGAACGAAGCCAUGGAGGGCCGGCUGGCAAGCAGCGCUCCCCUCUUGACGCCCGUCACUCAGGAUGACGAUCAGCCCCCGGACAUCGCCCCCAGACACAGGCCCCGCCUUCCACCUCCCCCACCACCCCCUCACCCGUCUUCCUCGGACUACACGCAGGAGGCGUUCGGCGAUGCCUCGGAGCAGAAUCAGCGGAGCUCGGAGCCGUGCGACGGGCCCCUGGGGGGGCUGGAGAGGGAGUGGGAGAUGGUGGAGAGGGAGAGGGCGGCGCUGGAGCGAGAGAGGGAGAUGGUGGAGAGAGACAGAGCGGCACUGGAGAGAGAGAGGGCGGUGGUGCAGGCGGAGAGGCUGUGGCUGGACAGGGAGCGGGCGGCCGUGGAGCAGGACAGAGCCAUGGUGGAGCAGGAGAGGGCGGCGCUGGGCCGAGAGAGGGAGGUGCUGGACCAGAGAGCUCUGAUGCUGAACUCUGUAGGACACUCCGGACACCUCAACGCCCUCAUGUAGACCACUAACACACUGUGGGGACGUAGACCGUCCCUGUAGAGACCUCAGGGUGGUCUGUCCAUGCAGGACAAACUGUACUGACAGGCCUGCUGCACCUCUGUGGAUCCAGAUGUGGCUGCUGUGAAGGACUGAGCUCGCUGGGGGGGUGGUGGUCCUGGGAUCAGACAGUUUUGUGAACAGGUCCAUAAAAAUCAAAAACAUGACCUGAUUCAGGUACGGCUGAUCUCACGUUCAAGGUCGUGUUCUCGGGCACCUUUUUUAGGUCUCUCUGUAGAAGUCCUGUUAUGUUCCCAUUUAGUUAUGCCUCGGUGAUACGCUGGAUCUCCUCCAGUGUGUUGAAACUCUGAUUAUUCAACACUCUGCUCUCAGCAGCAGCGAUGAUCCUCCGCAUGAAACUCGGGUCAGUUUGACGCAGCACUGGAGGUCCGAGGUUUAAAAAAACAACCAAAAAGAUAGCAGCAUCACCAAAAACGCUCCAGAGGUGCCCAAGAAGACGACAUUGUGGAGAUCGGUUACCUGUUGAUUCAGUUUUUGAUUUCCAUGGGACUGCUCCUGGAAGGAUGCGGACUGGUUACCAGGAGAGCAGCACAAUCAGUCAGGCAGGAGUUUGUUUCUGUGUUUAAUGAAGCUUCCAUGGAGUUAAACCUGUUUGCAUCCUGACUACCACAAAGUGCUUUCUUUUGAAGGAAUUAAAAGGCUCCUUCAGAGCACGGUGCCCCUGUUAGGAAGGGGUGCAGAGAUUAGGCAGAUUAAAGCAGGUUUCCUCCUCGGGAACGCUGUAGGCUCUUCCCGGGAAUCCCACGCGUUGAGAAUGCCCACUUCAGUUGCACUCAUUUAAGAUGAUGUUUGUGAUUUGCGCAGAUGUGCCCAGAGGAGGCUGUACUGAAAAUAUUCUCCUGGCCUACUUUUGACUGAAGCCGCACUGAGCAGUCAGACAUGAACAACGCAGCGAUGCUGGCCAGUUUUCAAAAUAAAAGCUCUGCGCAGACUCCUGGUGUGAUUUGAAGUCGCACAGAGGACAGAACAAAACCUCCAGAGUGAUUGAAGCAGUCACAGAGUUAUUAUACGAGGUCAUCGUGGUGAUGGAGAUGGGCUGACAGGACCUGAGUUGGAGGCGGAGAUUCCUGCAGUGCAAAGUGAUGGAUGAAGUGAUGAUUUCACUUAAUAUUUUUAGAAGAAACAAUUCCACUCUGUUUAAAUUAGACACGUAGAGCACUGCAAGGUCCAACCCUGAACUUUCUGUACUCAGGUGCAGUAUUGCUCCCUGAGCCAGGGGGGUUUUGGGGUAAAAUAAUCCUUACUUAGACCCUGGAUCCUGCAGUGGAAAGCAGAUCCCUUAACCCCUUAACUGGCAGCAAAUAAAAUCACCUGAAACAACUACAUAACACCCUCUGAGUAUUAUUGGCUCUGAACAACCCAUUUCAUAGCCUAUUAAUCGGCUGCGUCUGGUCCGCGGGCCG